AUGCUCAUCUAUUACCACCCCGUGGCCAAUUCCCAACAACUCUCGCAACCCGUCACAUCCAUUUUACCCGCCUCCGUUGUCGCCGGUGUCGUCGACAGCACCCAUGAAGCCAAUGACGCCAUCUGCGACCAUUUCAGGAGCUACUACAGGAUUACUAAAGACAUCAACAUCGCUCACACGGAGAUGGAAGCGUCUUUGCUAGAGUUGGAUGCUUUUGUGACCAAGGUGGGAAGGCUUUCGGCGUAUGCUCAACUGCGUGCCCGUUCUAUCCGAUUAUCCGUCGACUUUGAGGAUCUCCUCUUUUCUUCAGCCACCCAUUCAGCCCAGCUAUCCAACUUUUGCUUUGCAUCUGCCAGUUUGGUGCGUUGGCUGAGAGAGGAGGAGGUCGGCAAGUUGACAGAAGAACAGAGUGAGGAGGAGGUGCGAGCGGCGUAUGCUCAACUGCGUGCCCGUUCUAUCCGAUUAUCCGUCGACUUUGAGAAUCUCCUCUUCCCUUCAGCCACCCAUUCAGCCCAGCUAUCCAACUUUUACUUUGCAUCCGCCAAUUUGGUAGUGCAAGCCUUGGCCGAUCGAUCUCAGGUGGCUAACAGGAUGGUUGUGAUGGAGGAGGGGCAUAAGGAGGUGUUGGAGGAGAGUAGGCAGAAGUAUGAGAAGGACAUUGGGAAUUACAAUCGUGAGACGCAGAAGUUGAAAUCGCAGAUCGUUACUUUGGAGAAGGUUGAAUAG